AUGGCAUCCAAUGCACCCUCGACCAAGAAGACCACAAGAUGGAGCGACAUGGUCGACCAUGAGCCGGGGCCCAUCGACCCCAAGAUUCUAAAGGGACUACAGUAUAGUUUCGGAAAGGCGCUGACGGAGGGGGAGUUCAAGGCGCAGCAAGCAAAGGGAGGAGCGAGACAGUUUUCACAGCUAUUCGAACAGCCCCCAGACUCCGGGAUGGUCAUCAAUGCUGAGGUCGGUGUCUACAACACGGCCGUAAAGGGCUGUGGCAACUUGUUCGGAGCCGGCUCGUGCACCUGGACCAAUCCGAGAUUCAAGAGCAAGUACAAGGAGAAGCUCCGGUCAUUGUUGUUCAACCUUCGGAACCCGAAGAACCCGGCCUUCCUCGACAAGGUGAAAGCAAAGGAGAUCGGAUGCAGGCACCUCGCGUCUUUGUCCCCAGAAGACAUGUUCCCCGAAAAUUGGACCUCGCUUAAAGCAAAACUAGCAAAAAAGCACGUCUUCUCGGCGGACCUCUUGGAUAAUGUUCCCGACAAUCCAGUGCACGUCUGCAGCCACUGCAACUCUAGGAAGAUCACCACGUACGAACUGCAGACGUUAGCCGCCGACCAGUCGACCACGACUUACAUGAUGUGCCAGUCCUGCUCCCACUGCUGGAAGAUAUUUUAA